AUGGCAGAUUUCGCCGGACGAAAAGCUACCGCCGCUAGAAAAGCCGCCGCUGCCGCUGCUAACGCUACCGCUACGACGUCGUUUUCAUUCCUCUUCUCCAGAAACUGCAUUAUGGAUAUUGAUGAAAUCCUUAGUAUUUUCCAAGAACGAGACCACACUGCAAUUGGUGGGAGUGAAUCUGAGGGUUCAAGUAACCGCUCUUUAUCGGAGAGUGAUGGUUGUUCUCCCGGAGAAGAUUUUGAAGAGACUAACGAAGAGGGCGUAGGAUGCAAUUUUAAAGAUGAAACUGCCGUGGACUCGGUUACUGAUUUAGAGAAAAUUAAUUUCAAAGAAACAAGUAUUGAGAACUUAAUGAGGUAUCAUUUUCCAGAUCGUGAAGUUGCCUUCAUGUUCUACAAUUGGUAUGGGUGUUUUCAUGGAUUUGCGGCUAGAAAGAGCAGACUGAUUAGAAAUAUUAAUGGUGAAGUGGUUCAACAAACAUUUCUUUGUCAUAGGGAAGGAAUUAGGGAGGAAAAGUACAUCAAUUCAACAUCUCGUAAGAGAGAACACAAACCAUUGAGUAGGUGCGGAUGUCAAGCUAAAGUACGAGUUCACAUUGAUGUGAGUUCCCAACGUUGGUACAUUAAACUCUUUGAUGAUGACCAUAACCAUUCCUUUGUCAAGGAAAAAUUUGAGAGGAUGCUUCCUGCACAUAGGAAGAUGAGCGAGUAUGACAAAUACCAGAUGAACACAAUGAGGCAAUCAGGAAUUUCAACGACCCGAAUUCAUGGUUAUUUUGCGUCUCAAGCUGGUGGGUAUCAAAAUGUUGGUUACAAUCGAAGAGACAUGUAUAACGAGCAAAGGAAGAGACGUAUGCGUUGGAAUUCUGAUGCUGAACAAGCUGUAAAUUUUUUGAAGCAUAUGUCAUCGAAGGACGAUAUGAUGUUUUGGAGGCACACGGUUCAUGCAGAUGGUUCACUCCAACAUCUGUUUUGGUGUGACGGUGUCAGUUGUAUGGACUACUCCAUUUUUGGUGAUGUGUUGGCCUUUGAUGCAACUUAUAAGAAAAUAAAAUACAAUACACCGUUAGUCAUAUUCUCUGGAGUAAAUCAUCAUAAUCAGAGCAUUAUUUUCGGAAGUGCAAUUAUUGGUGAUGAAACUGAAGACACGUAUGUUUGGCUUUUGAAGAUUUUUGUUGAAGCGAUGGGAGGGAAACUUCCGGUCUCGGUCAUUACUGAUGGAGAUUUGUCGAUGAGAAAUGCAAUAAGAAAAGUUUUUCCAGAAGCACAUCAUCGUCUUUGUGCUUGGCAUCUGAUACGAAACGCCACUAGCAACAUAAAAAACCUUCACUUUGUUUCAAAGUUUAAAGAUUGCUUGUUAGGUGACGUGGAUGUUGAUGUGUUUCAGCGUAAGUGGGAAGAACUAGUUACAGAAUUUGGCUUGGAAGAAAACCCCUGGAUGUUGGAGAUGUAUCAAAAGCGGAAGAUGUGGGCAGCUGCUCAUUUUCGCGGUAAAUUUUUUGCUGGUUUUAGAACAACUUCUCGAUGUGAAGGUUUGCAUUCUGAAUUUGGAAAAUAUGUAUCAGCUCUAACCAACUUACAUGAUUUUUUUCAACAAUUUUUUCGUUGGUUGAAUUACAUGAGAUAUAGAGAGAUAGAGGCUGAUUUUUCAUCUUCUCAUGGUGAUAUUGUCGUUCAAACUCAACACCAUCAUUUAGAGAGAUCAGCCUUUAAGUUGUACACAAAGACAAUCUUUAGGCUAUUCAGAAAGGUGUUAGAAAGAGCAUGUCGCUUUGACGUACAUAUUGUAUCACAAAAUGGUUCCAUUCACAACCACAUUGUGCGUAGAUAUCCUAGACAAGAUAUUGAAUGGACAGUUUCAUAUUGUGAGCAUAGGUUCACUUUGGUGGAUCUGCAACUUCAUAAAACACAAAACACAUUUGCAAAUGAGAGAUUGAAAAUGAAAGUGUUUUCAUGGAAAUGUUAUUGA